AUAUCAGACAAGAGAGAAUGAACAAACCACAGGUACCAGAGGAGAAACCACAUUCAUCUAUGGAGAUCAGGCUUGACAAAGGCCAACCAUCUAAAGAAACUAAUUCUAGUAGUAGUAGUGGUUAUACAAGCAAGGAGGAAUCUGCAAGCAUCAGUGGUGUUACCAAAAGAUCUGUUCCUUAUGAAGAACAAAUCAUGUCUGAAAUCCAAAAGGAGAAACAAGCACUAGAAGAAUUUAAAGCAACUAUGAACAAAUACUUCCCAAUCUCACCUGACAUAGCUAAUAUCCAUAGAUGUCCAGAAGGUGGAGAUUCUUUUAGAGAAGACUCUUCAAGCGACGAAGGCUAUUUCACAUCGCUAGGUUCUCUGCCAAGCAAUGUCCAGCACCUGGCAUAUAAGAAUGCUAUGGAAAAUAUCAGAAGUUUCAAGAGCAACAUCAGAAAACUCUUGUACCAGCUCUAUGAAGCAACUGAAUUGACUUAUCAAAGCAAGCAAGGUUCCCAGGAUCGGCAGAAUUACUAUAAGGCUCUAUUGGAGCUGUGGAUCAAGUGGAUUAGGAACCAGUCUGAAAAUUCAGAUGGUGAAACACAGCUCCUGGAAAGGACUUUGGGCAUGUCCCAAAGCAUUGCCUUGAAAUUACAGUCUGCCUUUGUGGACCUCAUGCCUAAAAUCCAAGAUUUCCCAAGCAGCCUACAAGCCAAGCUCCAAAAAGCCUGUUAUGACAUGCAGGAGCUUCAUAACACCUUUUCCUUAAGUAAUGGGUUUGAAAACCUAGACAAGCAUCAUUUGACCCAGAUUCAGGUUAAGCUGAUCCAUGCGCAGGAAAGUAUAGAAGAAUGGUAUUGUUUCUUAGAAAAUCGUAUUCCUUCUGGUUGGGAUGUAAGACCAUUUCUCCCACUCUGAUUAU